GACACAAAGCCCUAUGAGACCCCUUUAUUGUCUCAGGAGCUUUACUCCUGAGACAAUGCAGGUUUGAGAACUCUCCAACAUGGCUCAAUGAUGUUGAGGUCAGAAGACUGUGAUUGAAUCUUCAGAACCGUCACCAUUUUCAGCUGUAACCACUGAAGGGUUGACUUUGCCUAAGGUUUUGAAUCAGUCUCAUGUUGGAGAGUUCAACAGCGUCCCAUUAGCAGUAUGCUGAAUUCAUCAAACCAUCAAUGUUUGACCCAAUUCCCAAACACAGGGAUUAUGGUUGUGACCAGAACAUUGACUCCCUUAUUUUCUAGUUUUCAUCAGAGUUUAGAAACUGAUUGGUGUUAUUUUUUACAUCCUUUUCUUGGUUCAUAAAGAUCAACUACCUUUCUUUGACAUUUCUCAGUAUCAGUAUGCGAGACAGUAAUGAAAAGUCAUAUUUCCCAAAAACGAGUACUUCACAAGAUCUGCUAAGGGUAUGUACAUUUACGGGCAGCUGAAUUGUUUCUCACCAUGAUGAUUUUAACCCUUUGAGUAACAGGGUUUGGCUUUUUGUCCUCUUCUUCAGCCAGCACAUGGGCAAACUGGCUUAGCUGCCAGACUGGACGACCCUCGCGGCUUUCCCUGGAAAGCUGUGCACAAGAACAUACCACAGUGUGACCACAACGAAAGAGAAAGAGAGAGCAGCAGGUGUGAGACUCAACUGAAAGUCAACUAUCAUUCCUACCUCAAGGACUAAUGAGACACAUGCUGGGAAGAAAGUCAUGAAGACGAAAUAAUUGGCCAAGACAGACAUACAGCCAAAACAGCACAUGAUCUCCAAUUGUGGCACCCCUGGAUAAAAAUGGAGAAGAGCAACCAGGGUAGUUUGAAGCAAGCACACUGCUACUGGGUUGGAAAGAUCACAGUCAAGCACCACUGUUUUGGUCAGUGUGUGAAGCGGGAACAAAAUGGUUAACAUACUUCUAAAACUCAGAAGACAGAUGGUCAUAACAACACUGUCGCUGCUGAUUCUCUGUCUCUUGUUAGUGGUCAGGGUGAAGUACAUGUCCAUCACUGAGCUUCCAUCUCCCCCAGCACCUGUGGUAGAUGAUGUUUCAAUUCAGACAGUUCACAAAUACAACAUCAGCUGCUCAGCCAUAUAUGACAUGGACCCGAUCGAGGUGGCCAAAUCAUUGGUCAUUCGCAGGCACCACAUUGUGGAGGAUACGGAUGAAAGUCUUCGUAACCUCACCUCAGACUGCCCGUUAUUCAUCAAGUCCAGAGGCUACGACAAAGUGUGCGUCACAGAGGAGGAGAGAGAAUUCCCCCUCGCAUAUUCUCUGGUUGUGCAUAAAUCUGCGUGGAUGGUAGAGAGACUCAUCAGAACCCUGUACACGCCGUAUAACAUCUACUGCAUUCACUAUGACCAGAAGUCUUCACCUCAGUUUAUUGCAGCCAUUAAGAGUCUGGUGGGCUGUUUUUCCAACGUCUUCAUCGCCUCUCAGCUAGAGUCUGUCUACUAUGCAAGUUACAGUCGAUUAAAAGCUGACCUCAACUGUCUGUCUGACCUUUUGGCAUCAGAAGUCAAGUGGAAGUAUGUCAUCAACCUCUGCGGCCAAGAUUUCCCCCUCAGGUCCAACAUUGAGCUUGUGGCCGAACUCAAAAAGUUAAAUGGUGCCAACAUGCUGGAGUCAAGUUGGCCCACUGAGUAUAAGUCGUGGAGGUUCACCUUUCACCACGAGCUGAUGAGCGCCAACUAUGAAUAUGAAAAAAUUCCAGUAAGAACAGACGUGAAAAAGGCCCCGCCACCUCACGGUAUCCAGAUGUUCACUGGCAACGCCUAUUUUGUCGUGUCACGGGCCUUAAUCGUGUACUUGAACUCCUCAGUUGUGGUGAAGGAUUUUUUAGCCUGGUCAGAGGACACCUUCUCCCCAGAUGAGCAUUUUUGGGCCACAGUCGUGCGACUGCCAGGUGUUCCCGGGGAGGUGCCAAGAUCCGAGCCUGAUAUCACCGACCUGAUGAGUAUGACCAGGCUGGUGAAGUGGCAGUACCUGGAGGAAGACCUCUACCCAACAUGCUCGGGGGCACACAAUCGUGCCAUUUGCAUUUUUGGUGCUGCAGAACUGCGGUGGUUGCUCCAUUAUGGCCACUGGUUUGCCAACAAGUUUGAUACCAAUGUGGACCCAAUUAUUAUUCAGUGCCUUGAGGAGAAGCUGGAGGAAAAAAGUAAGUUAUUCCGGUCACUGGCAUCCCCAUCUUGCCGUGAGAGUUAACCACACCCUCAGCAGGGAUUUCAUCUAUUCAGCUGUUUACUCUUUGAAAACUACUAUAUUUGGACUUUAUUUCAACAUGAUAUUUGGUCAUAUUCAGGGAAUUUCCAUUGUUUUCUAAUAUAUAAUAUAGUAUAAUUUAAUGUAAUAUAAUAAUUAGUAGUUUUUGUUUGAUGUGUCCAGUCCAUAGACAAUUAUAAAAAUGGAUGUAGUCUUCUGUGACUGGUGCUAUGUCAGGUUUUGAAGCAUCAACUGCAGCCAGGCACCUGUCGGUCAAAAUCCCAGUAUACCCUGGUGUUUACAGUAGAGCAGUAUCUCUGAUUUUGUACCACCAGGGGAAGCUCAGCGGUACAUGUACCGUAGUUUGAGAACCAAGGAUUCUAGAGGAAUGCUCAUUUUUACAUUCUGUGGUCCAGUCCUCGUGACUGUGAGGUGGAAUGGAGGGUUUUUUUUAAUAAGAAAAACGUGUCUUAUUUAUGGGUGAAAUGAGAAAAUGUGUGUCACAGUGACUGAUUUUCUGAUUGUAGUAUAUACUGACGUGUAAAUGAUGUAAUAGAAAGUUGAAUUAAAAGGAUACCCACA